UUAUCAUCGGCAUGCCGGCGACGAAACGUAACGAACUGAAGUGAUAUCCGCUAGUACCGAAGAAGUCGCUCGCAAACUUGGUUGUGUUAUAUACUGAAGCUGUGAUGAUGGAUAUUUCGACAUAAGAACGUUAGUGACUCAACAGAACAUAGUCCGCAUUUCGCCAGUAGCAUCGGCACUAAUAUUUCAACGUGACUAUUCCAAUUAUCGAAGAUAGAAAUAUGAUCGAAUUCUAGGAAACACAGCAGCGUCAACGAAACAAAGUCAACAAAAAUUUAUCUUGAUUCAUCGUUUGACACUAGUGCUUAAUUUAAUCUCAUUAAUCUUACUAAUUGUUAACGUUGAUUGGGGAAUCAAAGAUGUCUGAGAAAAUGAGGAAAACUUCAGCCGAUUAUGUAAAGGCCGUUGAAAACGGCGUGCAACCGACACAGGCACUGGAGACAAAAAUUUACAAAAGGCGAUGGUUAAUUCUCAUCAUUUUCGUGCUGUACAGCGCAAGCAACUCUAUGCAGUGGAUUCAAUACAGUAUUAUAGCGAAUAUUGUAAUGAAGUAUUACAAUGUUUCGAAUUUCUUAGUGGAUAUGACGAGUAUGAUAUAUAUGAUUACAUAUAUACCGUUGAUAUUUCCCGCUAGUUACCUGCUUGAUAAAUUUGGUCUCAGGACUGCUGUGAUUCUUGGGUCUCUCGGGACCACUUUAGGUUCCUGGUUAAAAGUAUUCAGUGUAGCCACAGAUCGCUUCUGGAUUACAUUUCUCGGCCAAAGCUUGGUAGCGAUCAGCCAAACUUUUAUUCUGUCUGUUCCGGCUCGACUCGCCGCAGUAUGGUUUGGACCUGAUCAAGUCAGCAGUGCUUGCAGCAUCGGCGUCUUCGGCAACCAGUUAGGUAUAGCUACUGGUUUCCUAUUUCCGCCGAUGUUGGUGCUCAACAGUGAUAACAUCCAUGUCGUAGAAAUGGGUUUACAAUUUAUGUUUUAUACUGUUGCAGCUUUUACAUCGUUUGUAUUAGUUCUCAUAUUAUACUUUUUCAAGGCAGCACCGCCUUUACCACCUAGUCCCGCUCAAGCUGUGCAAAGAGAAAACGUCGAAAACGAUGUAAAUUUUUUUCACUCCAUCAAAAGACUGUUUACCAACAGUGGCUAUCUGUUACUUUUACUCAGCUAUGGCAUUAAUGUCGGUAUUUUUUAUGCCAUUAGCACUCUACUGAAUCGUAUUGUUAUUGAAUACUUUCCGGGACAUGAACAAGACGGUGGUCGAAUCGGGUUAACGAUAGUUUGUGCUGGAAUGUUGGGUUCUGUUGUGUGUGGUAUUAUAUUAGACAAAACGCAUAAAUUCAAGGAAACAACGAUUGGAGUAUAUCUGUGCUCAUUCGUAGGAAUGAUAAUAUUUACUUUUACAUUGGAUACUGAUGGAAUAUAUGUUGUCUACAUCACGGCUGGCAUUUUAGGCUUUUUCAUGACUGGUUAUUUACCGGUCGGUUUCGAACUCGCUGCAGAACUCACGUAUCCAGAACCGGAAGGAACAGCAGCUGGCUUGUUAAAUGCUGUAGUACAGAUCUUCGGAAUCAUUUUCACCACGCUCUAUGGAUAUCUGUUCGACGUGUGGGGUAACUUUUGGGCGAACAUCGCAUUAUCCGUAACCCUCGCGCUGGGUGCCUUAAUUACGAUUAUCAUACCGAAUGAUCUAAGACGCCAAAACGCAAAAGCUUGUUAGUUCGUACAACAAUUAACGUAAUGACGAAUAACGAAUCCUUUGAAUGGAUUACAUAAAACUUGCGCAACCAGUAUGAGCUGGUUUCCACAUUUUAGUAACACGUCGUCAUAGCGCAUGUGAGAUCUUGAUUAAUUGUUUACAUGAAUACAUAAUAAAUGCGAAAAUUAGGCUAUUUUCUUAGGAGAACGUAUAUCUUUUCUAAAAGUAGACAGAGCAAUAGGUGUCUACAAAUGGCCAAAUACUGUCAUAUAUGUAACAAACAUUAUUUUCCAUAAAAUUCCAUAAUAUUAGAGCUUUAUUUUGAUAUAGUUCUUAGCAUGUAAUUGUUCAACGUAUUUAACAUUGAAAAUUAAGACAUUGUGCCAAAUUAUACUAAACAACCCAUCUUUUAUGAAGUUAAAUUUAUAAAAAAUCUGUAGUGUGCGAUUAAUUGUAAUUGGCACUGUUGUAAUAUAAUAUUUAAUUAUUGUUGCAAUAACUUGUUUUUUGUUUCUUUUUUGUUCAUACUGCAUAGUAUAAAGAUGACGAAACUGUAGAACCGUUUCUUUUUUCGGCGUACGCAUGCGCCGUGAGAUAUACCGUUGCGUUUGAGUAUCUCUAAUGUGACAAUAACGUUCGUCUUUUCCACGUAAGUUAAACAGAGUACUCGAUACACAAUUGUCAAUUAUUUUUCUCUCAGUUGUCUUUCUCUAAUUUGUAUACUGAAUAAAGACUCUGCUGUUGUUGUUCUU